AUGGGAACAAAUAGUAUUUCCUUCUCACUGGGAGGUGGGGCCAAGGGCACCCCAGCUGCAAAGGUUGGCUUCGGUAUAAAGGCUCCGAAGAAAGUCACCCCAAUCUCAGCCGUGUUUGGGGUAGAUGACAGCGAUACCGAAGAGCAGGAGGUCGUGGAUCACAUUUCUGCCGGCCCCUCGCCCCCGCAAGACCCCGACGUCAGGAAGGUUGUGGAGAAGCUGGCUGAGUUUGUGGCGAAGAACGGGCGCAACUUUGAAGAUGUCACGCGCCAGCGCAACCCAGAGGACAGCUCAUUCAGGCGCGCGUUCUUGUAUCACAAGACAUCGCCAGAGUACCUGUACUAUGAGUCUCGGGUCCGGGCGUUGGAAGGAGGAAGUAAGGUUGCCUCAGCGCCUGGGCCCCCGCUCUCUCAGCCGCACCUCAGACCACCGCCGGCCCCUGCUCAGCAGCCAUCGCAGCCCCUGCCGAGGGUGAACCGCUUCAGCGAAAGCAAGCCUGACGACGCGCAUGAGGCUGCAAGGGCAAAGGCGGCACUGGACAAGGGCGACAGCCUGGUGGCCAUGGAGGCGUAUGCCAAACUGGCGGCACGGAAGGAGCAGGCGCGGCCGAAGGAUGCUGAAGAGGAGGAGGAGAAACCGCGCGUCGCGCUGCUCAACGAGACCUCCUUCGACCGGCGACGGCAGCUCGCAGUCUACAAGACUGACGGCAAGCGCGGCCACCACAUGCAGGCACGUAAGCCUGACUUCAUACCGCCGGAGGAGCUGGCGAAGCUGCUGUCGAAGAGCGGUAGCGAGACGGGCAAGGCGCAGGCGGCGGCACUUGAAGAGGCGCAGAAGAUUCAGGCGGACAACGUGGGCCACCGCAUGCUGCAGGCCAUGGGCUGGCGCGAAGGGCAGGGCCUCGGAGCCAACGCCUCCGGCAUUGCCGCGCCCAUCGCAGCCGCCGGCGCCAAGCAGCCCGGGCAGCAUGAUGUCCAAGAGGGCGAUGAUGAGUUCGAGGUGUACAGGAAGCGGAUGAUGCUUGGCUACAAGCACAGGCCUAAUCCUCUGGGCAACCCCCGAAAACCAUAUGCCAGCUGA